AUGUCGUUGCUUAUGGAACAUUCAUUGAGUCCUUCCAUGAUAAGAGGUCAAGGGUAUGAUGGGGCAAGUAACAUGAGGGGUGAAAUCAAUGGCCUCAAGACUUUGAUUAUGAAUGAUAAUCCAAGAGCCUAUUACAUUCAUUGUUUUGCUCAUCAACUUCAACUAACUCUAGUUGCGGUUGCUAAAAACAAUGUUAAUUGUACUUGGCUUUUUGACGUACUUGCAAACUUGUUAAAUGUGGUGGGAGCUUCUUGUAAGAGAAGAGACCUUAUUCGAAAACACCAAGCUCAAGUAGUGGCUCAAGCUUUGGAAGUGGGGGAAAUUGAAAGUGGAUCGGGUUUGAAUCAAGAACGUGGUUUGAGUAGGCCAGAAGAUACACGUUGGGGAUCUCAUUACAAGUGUCUAAUAAGUAUCAUCAACUUUUUUCCUUCAAUUGUUAAAGUGCUUGAGGAGAUUGAAGAAAAUGGCUCUCCGGAUGAUAAGCUCAAAGCUCAAGUUGUUUUAGGAUCUUUGGAGUCCUUUGAUUUUAUUUUUAUGGCUCAUUUCAUGUUGACUAUUUUUGGCUACACUAAUGAUUUAUGUGUUGCUUUACAAAGAAAGGAACAAGAUAUUGUGAAUGCCAUUAGCCUUGUUAAAAUUACAACGAAUGUGUUGCAAAAGAUGAGGGAUCAAGGAUAG